UUGAACUCCACACUGUCGACAGAUUCGCUGCAUCCAUUUGCUAGUUUCAGUGAACCGCGGAACGUCAACGGAGUAAUAGCCCAAAUUCGCCGAACUGCCGUUUCGGUCUUCCUGCUCGAAGUGGUAUUCGCUGUGUUUCCUCACCUCUGGCAUAGUGCAAUCAUUUAAAUCGAUGUCAGUGAGUUCAACUCGGAAUGCCGUGUGUUUGCAGUAUAUACUUUUUCGCUGAGUGUUAACCAAUUGCUAUACGUGGAGAAUUCGUAGUUACGCUAAUUUUCCUAUAUAUUUUCCGUUAAUAACACGGGUUCAAUUCAGAUGCAGAUCUUACAUGCAGAUAUAUCCAUCAAAAAUGACAUAUUCCAGUAAUAACCAUAAUCAUCAAAUUUUAUGAAGUGCUUCCGAAAGUUUCGGGUGUUCAGAUGUUAUAACAUAGAUAUCGUCUGGCAGAUAUGAGCAACCGCCUCUUACAGGAUUAUUUGUGUACUGUGUGAUAUAGGAGACGCAGCAGUGAAACUCGAUGUGUUGGUGUUGAUUGGUUCUAUAAGCAUUUAAAUACCUGCGAAUGUGCAUGCCUGCACUUCACAAGGAUUAGAUGUACGAUCCUGACCACUAUUGAUGUGAUGUGAUGCAGCUAGUGGUCGCGGAGGUAAUUCCUAACACAGAUCCAGUGCAGUGCUAGAUAGGCUUAGCAUUCGUUCGUCAGUGAGCUGUGAAUGUGAUUGAUUAUAGAUUGCAGUUGUGCGAACGGGGAAUAAAUUAUUCAUUUAUAACAAGACCGAGUGGCGUCGUCGACGGUCGGCGUAUCAAAAGGGGAGCACUGAAAUUGGUUCGUGUGAGAUAAAAGGGAUUAUGCUGUUUACUGGUACACCAGAAAUCGACAGCAGCCUGAUGCUGUACGAUGCUAGUUGUUGGUAUAUGUGGUAGUUAACCUAUUGGACUACAACGAAUAGUAAUAAUUGUGCUAUUUUAAUAAAUGAAACCAUCCAAAUACUAAUCAACAGCAGCGAUUUCACGGUACAUGAUUAUUUGAAGAACAACUAAAUAAACGCGAACUGUGCUUCAUAGUUUCAUGUCGUUCUAACAUGUGUCUAUGUAACUAUGGGUUAUUGUCUGAAUAAUGUACAAUUUUGGUUCAAAAUAACACAAAAAUUUAAGUGAAAAGGAAAAAAACCUUACUGUGUGAUUGUCACUGGUGGAUCCCGCGAACGUUGUUGUAUGAAAAAUGAAAAGGUGCCGUGUAUCGGAUCAAGUUAAUGUUAUGGUGGAAUUCGAAAUUUGUUCAUACACAAGCUGGAUUUCGUACCUUCACCAAUGUUUGAAAAAAAUUACCAUUUGAAUUAUUUCAGAGAAACUGUGGAUUCAAAAUGAAAACUAAUUUAUUUCAUCUAAUCUUUUAAGCUACUUGAGCCAUUUGCGUCCGCCCCCUCAUCCUUCCCACAACUGACGUCGAAGAUUCAUUUCCUGCUAGGCCAGGUCUGGAAAGGAAACAUUCACAAAUUCAUCUUCACACACUCGCACGCUUCAGCCAAGGAGUCAUAAACCGCAACGGUUCUGUCUUUCGGAAGGAGCUCGGCUUUUCAAUGUGGCAAUAUAACUCGUGGCGUAAAGGAUUAUAUCAAUUGAAAUCCGAAACAGUGAUAAAAGUGUAACCUUCCUGAAUUGUUGCUGAAGAUCAAACUUUGUCAUUUCCAACACCGGUCGCUGAUAAAAGUCCUGAUGGACCGUUCCGACGCUAGAUCGAGUAUGAAUAUUCAGUAUAGAUUUACAUCCAACUAGAGGACAUCGGUGAAGACACACUCAUCAACAAACAGAGGCAGAUUGGAAUUAGCUGCUGCACCACGGUGGCAGCAUGAAGCAUUACAAACUGCAACGCAAGUACCACCAGCAACUGCGAAGGUACCAGCAAACGGGAGGUUGUGAAUAUAAAAUAGUUAGUGGAAAUUGAGUUACGCAACUGAUUUAAUCGAAUUAGACAUGUUGCUUUGAUAAGACAUUUUCCACAUCCAUUUCACCAAUAUCCUUCCGAGGCGUGGCUACGAAAACCGUGUGUCACGUAGGUGAAGGACAGUAGCAUCAAACGUUGGAAGCUGUGGAAUAAGCAGAAGAAGCGGACAAACAAAAAUUAAUUCAAGCACAGAACAAAUAUGAACACGAAGCCACCUCUCCAAGUUCCUAACUUCAUCGGUAGUAGCACCUCAUCUAGACCACAAAGUCCCUCACUGUGCUUCUCAACUUCUUCGUCGAAGGCCGAAAAAAAUGAACCGGUGACGUUGUGUGGAUGCCGCCGUGCCCCGAGAUCACAAUGUUUUUCUGCAAUUGGUGUAUUGAUUCUGGUGCUGGCGUAUACCGCAGUUGGUUCCCUACUGUUCGUCACGCUGGAAGGAGAUGCAGACGAUGGCGACAUGAUAGAAAGUUCGGUAGCAGCGUCUAAACCAUAUCCUAGACACGAUGUAGUUAGCUCAGAUAUAAGACUAAAAACUGUAGAUCGGCUGUGGUCCAUUACGGAAGACCUAAAUAUAUUAUACAAAGAAAAUUGGACACGACUUGCGGCCCAGGAAGUGCAACAUUUUCAGGACACCAUCUUGAGAGCAGUACGGGCAUCCAGAUCGCAGCAAGUAACCAACACUCAGAAUAACACCAAGCCCUACAAGUGGACCUACGCUUCGGCAUUUUUGUAUUCGUUAACUCUGAUAACCACCAUCGGUUACGGUGGCAUUUCACCACGCACACAAUGGGGCAGAAUAGCAGCGCUAAUUUAUGCUCUGUUUGGCAUUCCGAUUAUCCUGCUGUACCUCUCUGCAAUGGGAGAAGGUCUGUCCGGUGCGAUGCGUUGCCUGUUCCGACGCAUGCGACCGUCAUCACACACGUCAUCGAACAGCGCAAGCACAAACUCCAGCUUGAGUGGCAAUUCAGCAAUAAACAGUAAAUCUUCCAGUACGGAACUACAGAAACGAUCACAACAACCACAACAAAGUAGCAGUUAUCAUCAGACGUGGACAGGAAUACAUGAUCCGCAUGGUUACGGAGGUGGGAGUGUAUCUGGCCUUGGUGGCGCUAGUUUAAGCGCAAGUAACGGGGUGGUAGCAGCGAGAGGGAAUAGCAGCAGCAAACAUAAUCAAUCAGUCGUACCAAUAUCAAUCUGUAUUAUGAUUCUAAUUUGUUACGUAACGUUGGGUGCUGUUCUGUUCCACAAAAUUCAACCCUGGGGUGUAUUGGAGAGUUUAUACUUCUGCUUUACCUCGCUCGGUACAAUCGGCUUUGGCGAUUUAGUGCCAACUGGGGACAUUUCCCAGUAUGCUGCCUCAGCAUACAUUGUUAUUGGCAUGGCGGUGGUAGCAAUGUGCUUCAGUCUUAUACAGACCGAACUGAUAGUAUGGUUGAAGAAAUUUGCCACUCCCGAAUCGCUCCCAUCGUCAACAGAGGACGUAGCUCUUGUGUCGGUCGCAAUGACGCCAAUAAAGUCCUGACAAAGGCCCACCGAUAUUUUGCCUAAUGAGUACAACUCAUUGCCACGUCGGUCGACCGCUUUUCAGCGAAACACGCCAGCCAGACGCUCAGCUGGCAUAAUGGAAAAUCAUGUUGAAUACUUCGUACCCAGGAGUGUGAGUGAGUUCAACCUCUCUGGGGUGGGAGAUUUGGCCCUUCCACCAGCCAAACGUAGCAUGGUAACGCACGCCGACAGCUCAACGAUGAUAACGAUACCGAAGCCGCGAGAAAAAAUGGUAACAUUCGAAGAUGAAUCAAAAUGUCCCCAUGGAUUACCGACAACGCCCCGGAAAACUGCUCUGGCUAAUGAUGUUUUUAUGUGACGGGAAGGCUCCUGAGAUGAAACCAUUCAAUCCCCUGGAGAUAUUAUCAAAGUCUGAUAGGGACUGUCGUCUCUCUUUCCCGAAUCCUCCCCUCCAAUACAGAAAUAAGCUCAUUCCUUCACUGAAGCCUCAUCCACUGAUAUGAUGCUCAUGUUUAGAAAUUGGAGUGAACAUACCUAGAUGUAAACACUCUAAAAGGCCAAUGAGUGUCAAACUGAAAUAAAACAUGAUUCAGCUCUAGUUAUACCACAGUUAGGCUCUCUCCUAAUGUUCGUAAUUUGAGCGCGGCGGGAUGGAACAUUUCAAAUGAACUGGCGUAUGUUUAUUAGAACUGCAACUAUUUUUGAAAAUAACUUAGCUUUCUUCUCGUUAAUGCUAGAAACUCUAUUUUUUAUCAAACUCAGGCUAAAGAACCUAAACCUAAAAUUGUUUCGUAAAGACUAACAGUACAGUAACGGUAUUGUCAAGAGAUUUGUCGUUAUUCCGCCACAAUUUUUUUUCGACUCUAUUUCAAAACUCUAGCUGAAAUUAAGCAUUAUUAUUAAAUAUACAAAAGCCCGAGAACCACUUGAUGAUGGCUAAAUCAUUAUUCUCAAUUAAAAGGAACUACAAUCAUGAGACAGCUUUUAAACACCGUAUUAGUUAGAACUUUCGAAAUCAAGAUAGCGAAACUAAAAAUCGGAAUUUAUGUUGCACUGAUAUUACAAUAGAACAAACCUGUUUAUUGCAAUGAAAUAAAAUGUCAUCCAUUCUUUCGUGCUCAGGUUUAAGUACAUACAUGUCUUAUAGUAUAGUGAGACAAGUCCAUGUUUACACUCUAACAGGUGUCAAAACGUGACUUAUUAAAAGUCUUUAUACACAAUACCAGAGCCUGGCGUGAUACGACAAAGUGUACGAAUUAUAUAACAUAAAAUCCGGUAACCUCACAAUACGAGGCCAAAUAGCGCAGAAGCAUUUAUGUUGAUUACCUUUUUCAUCGAAGCCAAAAUAACAAAAUAACACAUAUUCAGCUCAAACGAUCUUAAGCAACACACUCAACAAUUUUCUUUUAUUUUGUUUCUUCAUUACUAACAAAACAUUUAUGGUGUUUUGAAGCAUGAAUACAAAACUAUGAAAAUCAAUGCAUUCAAAAAAACAAGUUUGGAAAAGAGCUAACAACGCGAAAGUGUAAAAUCAAUCGAAAGAAAGCUCUGCAUUAUAAACGAAACUUCUUCUGAAGUACAACCCUGAAUGAUUAUUGUUUUUAUUCAUCAGAAUUACGUUCGAGAAUAGUAACAGCCAACGUGACAAACCAUUAAAUCAAUGCGCACCAGACUAAAAUUGAAUAAAAUGACAGAGGUGUAUCGUACCUAACCGUAAAAGUACGUUUAAAAUAGUCAAAAAAGAAAACAGCUAAAAAAACUCUAAAUAAACUGAAACCAAGAGAAA